UGACGUCAGAUCCCACCGUUAGAGCUCACACUUGUAACCUAGCUGUAACACCGUUUCCUGCAUUUUCCACAAGCAAGGAGAAGAAUAGCUUUGUGUUGAGAGAGAAGAAGAAAGAAAAAAUGGGUUUGCUUACGAACAAGAUGGAGAGAGAAGAGAUAAAACCAGGAGAUCAUAUCUACACUUACAGAGCAGUCUUCGCUUAUUCUCACCAUGGGAUCUUUGUCGGUGGGUCCAAAGUUGUUCAUUUCAGACCAGAACACAACCCCAUGGAGUCAUCAUCAUCAUCAUCAUCAAUAUCAAUAUCAUCUUCCUCUGAUGAUAUCUGUUCGAUAUUUCCUGAUUGUGGUUUCAGACAACCAGACAGUGGAGUAGUCCUUUCUUGCUUAGACUGUUUCCUCAAGAACGGCUCACUCUACUGCUUCGAAUAUGGAGUCAGCCCACCGGUUUUUCUCACCAAAGUCCGCGGAGGAACUUGCACAACCGCGCAAUCUGAUCCAACUGAUUCAGUCAUCCACAGGGCAAUGUACCUUCUACAAAACGGAUUUGGCAACUACGACAUUUUCAAGAACAACUGCGAGGAUUUCGCGCUCUACUGCAAAACCGGUUUGCUUAUAAUGGAUAAGCUCGGGGUAGGGAGAAGUGGUCAAGCUUCUUCGAUCGUUGGUGCUCCUUUGGCUGCAAUUCUCUCUUCUCCUUUCAAGUUGCUGAUUCCAAAUCCAAUUGGUGUAGCGACAGUUACUGCUGGAAUGUAUUGUAUGAGUCGUUAUGCUACUGAUAUUGGCGUUAGAAGCGACGUCAUUAAGGUUUCAGUUGAGGAUUUGGCUCUCAACCUUGACUUGAAGACCAUUGAGCAAGUCGAACAAGAAGAAGAAGAAGAAGAUUCUGAUACCGACUAUGUUAGGUGACAAAUAGAACAAUUCUGUUAAAAUCCUCAGCUUGUUGUGUUUCUUUUUCAAAAUGUUUGUAUUAAGCAAAGACUAAUCAAAUGCAAAUUCUAAAACGUUUGUUAAAGUGAGAAUAACAAAAACGCUACCGUUUUGGUAAGCGUAUGUAAAUUAAAUAUCUCAAAUCCAAUAAUUAAUUAAUUAUACUGUAGAUGCUAAAAAGGAGUCGCCUUUCACGGGCACACAUAAUUAAAACCAAAACCAAAACAAUCAAAUCCUUCUUCUCGGGGGCGAAAGAGAGAAGUUUGUGAAUCUGGGUUUUCAAUUCAGGUGUUAAUAUAAGAUUUUGAUCAAUACCCAUCUCUAAAGAAGACGAGAA